UCGAUAUCCUUUUCGACCUUUAGCCAAAAAAAUAAAUAUAAUAUUGUUAUUAUUAAAAUCUGUAUCUUCUCCGGAUCUGCUUAUUAUAGCACUUAAAUAUACAGGGGUGUUUUCGUUCUUCAGAAACAGAGAGAUCUGUUGGGCUCUCUUUUUUCUCUCUGUUUCCUGACGUUACUGUCUCCAAACGUGGAACUCUACGGUGAUUGUUUCUCCGAAUUGCAAAUUGGUCUCCAUCCUCACUGUUUCCCAAUCUGUAUUUGUUAUCAAGUGUCUUCAUUAUUUCGUCAUGGCGUGUCUUUCUUAACCCGACCCUGUGUUCAUAUUGGAUCUGUAUCGAUCUUUUCUGUUUGAGGGAUCCAAGGCACUCAAAGGAACUCUGAAAUUAGCAUCUCAUUGAAAUCAUGGGUGCAGAUGUGGAAACUAAGUUGGCUCAUGUCUCGGCUGAGAAUGGAGGUGACAACAACGGUUUUUUGAAGGAAAAUGGUUCUGUACCUAAUGAGACCAUAAAAUUUGGUUCCCAUGGAACAGAGGAACCAAUCAAGGAGGAGAUUAAAAGUGCUCCUACAAUCAACCUUCCCAAGGAUGCCGUUGUUGAGGAUUGGCCUGAACCUCAGCAGAUCCAUUCGUUCUAUUUUGUUAAAUAUCGGUCGUUUAAAGACCAGAAGCUGAAUGCCAAAAUUGAACUUGCUGAGAAAGAACUUCAAAAGAUUUACCAAGCACGAAGCAGGAUGAUUGAUACUUUAAGAGCCAAAAAGGCAGCUCGGUCGGAGCUAACUAAUGAAAGGAAGUCUUUAAGUGCUGAAAGACAGCAGUACAGUUCACAGAUGGAUGAGAAAAGAAAAGUGAUGGAACCUUUGCAGCAAGCUUUAGGCAAGUUGCGAGGUGGUGGAAGCAGAGACAGAGAAAGGGGACCUGUUAUUUUUUCAUCUGAAGUUGAGCUCAAUAAUUAUAUUAAAAGUUUGGAGUAUCGUAUUCAACAUGAAAGCAUACUUAUGAGUGAAGAGAAGCAAAUUAUUAGAGAAAUUAAACAACUUGAAGGCACGCGAGAGAAAGUUAUCGCAAAUGCUGCUGAGAGGGCAAAAAUUGAGGAAUCUAUGGGUGAAAAAGAGUCUAUCCAGAGCCAGGUCAAGCUUAUAGGUGUUGAUCUGGAUGGUGUUCGGAAGGAGAAACAAGCUCUUAGUGCUAAGCUUAAGCAAAUUGAUGAUGAGCGUGAUGCCUUGAAUAAAGAUAUUGAUUUGUUGGAGAAGGAAUUGGAUGCAUUGGCUCAAGAAAGGGACAAAAUCAAUGAAAGCAUUGUUGAUUUGAAGAAACAGCGUGCGCAAGGGAAUUCUUCAUUCUUCAAGUACGAGAAGCUCAAUUUUGAAGCCAGACAACUUGCCAACAAGAAGGAUAUCGCUGCUCUGAAAGUGCUUAGUGAAACAGAGGUCGAGAAAUUCAUGACCCAAUGGUGCAACGACAAGUCAUUCAGAGAUGACUAUGAGAAGAGACUUCUACAAUCACUUGAUAUGAGGCAGUUGAGUAAGGAUGGUAGGAUGAGAAACCCUGAUGAGAAGCCACUGGUGUUGCCGGAGGCACCUCCCACAACAACCGUGGCAUUGUUAAAAACAACAAACCAGAAGCCAUCAAAGGAAGAUUCAGCUCCUCCACAAUCUGAUGCUUCUCUCCCAGUCUCAAAAGCUCAGAAAGAAAAGAAUAAUAAUAAUAGUAGUAGUAAUAACAGCAAACAACCAAAGGAAGAGACAAACAAAACCAAAAAGAGUUCAUCCUCGGGGGUAAAUGUCCAUAAAGAUGAUGAAGAAGAAAUCCCUGGGGUAACAGAUGUAUCUAAGGAUAAGGAUUCAAGUGUUAAGGAGGACAAAGUUGAUGAAGAAGCUUUGAGGCAGGCAAAAAGAGAGGAAGAGCUUGUGAAAUAUCGGGAAGCAUUAGAGAGGAAGAAGAAAAAGGAAGAAAAAGCAGCUGCUAAAGCACAACUAAAAGCUCAGAAGGAAGCUGAAAAGAAGCUCAAGGACCGUGAGAGGAGGGCCAAAAAGAAGGGGGGUGGAGGUGGUAAUACCCCCGAUGAAUCUACAGAGGACGCAAGUGAGAUAACUACUGAGGAUGCUGAACGGGAGAAGUCAGAGGAGAAAGUUGAGACUGCUAUUGAACCAAAGAGAAAAGAGAAGAAGGCGAACACUGUGAGGCAGAGGACACGUGGAAAAGGAUCAUCUGAUAUUCACAAAGUCAUACUCAAACGUAAGAAGGCUAUGAACUAUUGGGUAUGGGCUGCUCCGGCUGCAGCCGUUGCAAUUUUGUUACUCUUAGUUAUAGGGUACAAGUUUUUUGCCCCGUGAAGCCUAUUGCUGGUCGAAAGAUGAGUCAAAAACUUCCAUUUCCAUUUCUGGGUGAGACCGAGUCGGAUUUUCUCUGUUUGUUUGAGUAUUCAUUUACUUUGAGAGGAUCAGAUAUACGCAUCUUAUUUUAUUGUUUAUGUUUUGAAAUUUGACUAGUUUCUCAACUUUAUUUAGAUUUAUGUGUUGGAGUAUACUAAAAGUGACAUUUUACUCGAGAACCAAAAGCAUUUUUUACUUCUGUAUGUAUGUAUUGGCAAUAAUUUUAUGUGUAUCAUUAUCACUUUCAUUUUACUCGUUUUAUUUCUC